AUGUGCAGACAAUACUACCCCUACCACAAAUACCACCUCCACCCACCGUCAUUACUACCCCCACCACAAAUACCGCCCCCAUCCACCGUCAGUACUACCCCACCACCAAUACCUCCUCCAUCCACCGACAGUACUACCCCACCACAAAUACCCCCUCCACCCAUCGUCAGUGCUACCCCCACAACAAGUACCGCCUCCACCCGACGUCAGUGCUACCCCCACAACAAGUACCGCCCCCACUCACCGUCAGUGCUACCCCUACCACAAAUACCCCCUCCACCCAUCGUCAGUGCUACCCCCACAACAAGUACCGCCUCCACCCGCCGUCAACAUUGCCCCCACCACAAUUACCGUCUCCACUCACAGGCAAUACAUCCCCUACGACAAAUACUGCCUCCACCCACCGUCAAUACUACUCCCACCACAAAUACCGCCUCCACCCACCGUCAGUACUACCCCCACUACAAAUACCACCUCCACUCACCGUCAGAACUACGUAUACGGUACCCCACCACAAAUACCGCCUCCACCGUCACGUACAGCCCCACCACAAAUACCGCCUCCGCCGUCACGUACAACCCCACCACAAAUACCGCCUCCACCGUCACGUACAACCCCACCACAAAUACCGCCUCCACCGUCACGUACAACCCCCACCACAAAUACCGCCUCCACCGUCACGUACAACCCCACCACAAAUAUCGCCUCCACCGUCACGUACAACCCCCACCACAAAUACCGCCUCCACCGUCAGUACUACCCCCACUACAAAUACCACCUCCACUCACCGUCAGAACUACGUAUACACCACAAACUGUCACGUACAGCCCCACAAAUACCGCCUCCCGCCGUCCGUGUACAACCCCACCAGAAAUACUGCCUCCACCGUCACGUACAACCCCACCACAAAUACCGCCUCCACCGUCACGUACAACCCCACCACAAAUACCGCCUCCACCGUCACGUACAACCCCCACCACAAAUAUCGCCUCCACCGUCAGUACUACCCCCACUACAAAUACCACCUCCACUCACCGUCAGAACUACGUAUACGGUACCCCACCACAAAUACCGCCUCCACCGUCACGUACAACCCCCACCACAAAUACCGCCUCCACCGUCAAUAUAGACUGA